GUGGAGCCACCAGCGAUCAUGUCGAACACGGCAGAAGACAGACGUGAAGGAAGUGUUGCUAAAGACAACAGGACCGCAACAGACAGCGCAGCAUGCACGGAGAACCUAACGGAGACGGAUGCCUUCAUUAGAAGCUCUUUAGAUUUGGACCCCGCGGAGGAGUACAAGAUGGACAACAAAAAACGAGGCCUCGCACUCAUCUUCAACCAGGAGCGCUUCUUCUGGCGCCUUGGGUUAAAUGUCAGGAAUGGAACCAACGCCGACCGCUACAAUCUGGAGAGACGACUGACGGACCUGAACUUUGAAGUGAAGGCGUACGAUAACUACAAACAGGUGGACGUUUUGGAUCAAAUCAGUGAAGCCGCAGAAGCCAACCAUUCGGACGCAGACUGCUUUUUGCUCGUCUUCCUGAGCCACGGCGAGAACGACCACGUUUACACCUACGACGGCAAGAUCAGCAUUCAGAGCAUCACGUCCCUCUUCAAAGGAGACAAGUGCAAGAGCCUCGUGGGAAAGCCAAAGAUCUUCAUAUUACAGGCAUGCCGCGGAGACGAGCACGACAAUCCCGUGACGGCCUGUGAUGCUGUGGACAGCGAGCUGAAGACCAAUGAAGUGGUGGUGGACGCCAGUGCCAUAUACACCCUCCCUGCCGGGGCCGACUUCAUCAUGUGCUACUCUGUGGCUGAAGGCUACUAUUCCCACCGGGAGACCAUCAACGGCUCCUGGUAUGUCCAGGAUCUGUGUUUGCUGCUGCAGAAGUAUGGGGACUCUCUUGAAUUCACAGAACUACUGACGCUGGUCAACAGGAAGGUCUCCAUGAGGACCGUUGGGAACAGUAAUGACCGCAAUGCCAUCGGGAAGAAGCAAGUACCUUGCUUUGCUUCGAUGCUCACCAAGAAACUUUACUUCCGUCAAAAGAAUUAAGUUUCAGAGAUCAGUCAUGACAUUAUGACAGGGGACACAGUGUCUACUGGGGAUUUCAAUGCUUUUCUCUAUUUUAGCUUAAACACAUUGGUAGCCGUAGUAUUUACACUGAAAUCAGCUGUUCUAAAAAAAACAGGAACAACUUCUAUUCACAUGCACUAAAGAAAUAUCAUAACCCAGAUUUCUUGGGUGGGUUAACCAGUGACCUAGAUUAUAAAAGGUUUUAGGGUUGUUUGCAUUUGCAUGGCAGUAAAUCCAGAAGUAUCAGGUUACAGUGCACCAAUACUGGUUUAUCUGGUCCCAUGAGUUCUCACACUAAUCUGGCUUUGAGUUUAAAUGUAAACGUAUAGUAGCUAUAAUGCAAUAAUCGAACAUAACAGCCGUGCAGUUUAGAAAAGUUUAUAAUACUCCAGAGUAUACCAUCAUUCUAUCAUUUCUCUGAUAACCAGUUUGGCCCCAGAAGUCCAACGAGAAGAUUUCCUUCAGCUUCCAAGACUAACUUGUAUUGGAUUACAUUAUGUUUGACGGUGUUUUUUAUUUUGGCCAUCCCAUGUAGAGCAGUCCACAUUUUUUGCACUCAAUAGCUUUUCCACUUCAGGAUUACUUUGUUCCACAACAAUCUGUGUUCUUCUCCUCAGCAUUUUGUCACGUUUGCUUUACCCUGGUGUAAACUACUGUAGCUGACUUUAGCUUUUCCAAAAAACAUAGAAGACAGUAGAAGCGGACAUUUCUGGCGGCUUCGCACGCCGAUGGUUUUCUCAGACUGAGGAAGCUGAAAUUGUCAUCUGUCCGUUUCUUGACUGUAAAGUCAGUUGCAGGAAUUCUGCAAGCCAGACAAAUGUUUACCAACUUACUGCAUCUUGCGAGGCAAGUGAUAAAUCGCAUCAUAACCAGGUCACUAUUGAUUUUGUUCACAUCGGGGUUUAACACAUCAUCUAUCUACAAGCACCAAUGAACCGGUACUAUCUCUCAUACGCAGGCACCGCAUAAACGUGCCGUUUGUCUUUAAGCUUGCUCCAUCAAAAGGGAAUUCAUGUUUGUUGUUGUUGUAGCCAUUUACAAUCCUACAUUUGAUAAUGUGUAUUUGCACCCAACAUGGCAACAAUCAUCUGUGUGUAAAGAACCUCAGGGAGGAGAGAUGUUUUUAAAGCUGUACUGUGGACCUGACAAACUUAUAACAUGACUCAGGAAAAACAAAGCGACCAGCAUUCAUUAAUCAUGUAUUUUUGUGGUCUUACUGUUGUGACUUUUGUAUUUUUAUAAUCUGACAUUUCAGCUGUUUUGCUCCUGAUUGAGUGAAAACAUUUUAUAAAACUUUCAUUCUUUGUAUCAAAAAGUGCA